AGUGGUAUAGAUUAAAUUGCUGUAGACAACACGGAUAUGUCUUAUAGUUUAUUCGCUCUUUAACGAUUGUGAAGCAAUUCUUUUUUCAACGACAUUCAUUGUUCGCAUGUUGGCGAGAAUGCGAUAUUAUAUGUCGUGGCGUAAAGAGAGGUUAUUUAUCAUUAGUUUGAAUAGUUUUCUCAGAUCAUUGAACUUGAAAACAAGGCAAUAAGUGCGCUGUGACCGUCGAGUGCUUACUUUUCUUUGCUGUGGAAGGUUAGGAUUUCAUUUUCGAGAUGUGAGGUGUUGUGAACAUCACCCUGUUCUUUUGGAAAAAUGACUGUUGCAGGACUACUGCCAGGGAGCUGUGGCUUGAUCAUCUUUCUUUGAAGAAGAACAAUGGGUUCAGAACACAGUACACAACAGGGACAUGCUUCCUCUGGUGGGAGCCGUACCAACCUGCAGAGGGGCAAGUCCGUUCCAGAGAGAGAGACAAGACCAGAGAGUGGGGAGGGAAUGAGACCCGGCAGCAUCUCGCCUGGUCCUAGCAUAUGUUCUGAUUCAGAUCUGCCAUACAUUUCGUACACCGUCAACAGACCCAUAGGAGAUUCUCCAAAAUUGCCACAUAAGCACGGAGGUCACUUGCAGCGUGGCAAGUCUCUCGGGCCAAACAAUCGUAAGGCUGGAGGGGUGAUUCCAAAGAGACAGUUUUCUGUGGUUAACAAGUCAUCAGCCCAUAAUAUUGUGGUGGUAAAACCUGCUGUCAAUGCUGAAGCCACGGACAAGGACCCAGACUUACUAAGAUUGCAGAGUGUGCCCAUGUUCCUACCAAUCAUGCGAGGGACAUUAAACUUGCCAGCAGUCCGAGAUCCAGAAGUUUUGGAGCGACUUGAUCCAAAUGGACUGCUGAGCCUGUGUCUGCGAUAUCAACAACAUAUUGCCUUAUGCAGUGAGCUGGUUGCUUCAGAGCAGGCACAGCUUGGCCACAGAGUCCGAGAUAUUGACUUUGAAAUCUCAAAACUGAUGACAGUCAUGACAGAACGGCAGAAGAAAUAUGCAAAGUAUGCAGAAAAGCUUGCCAAAGUGCAUGAGCUAUCUCACCAGUUGAACCGCUGCCACAUGGUGCUGAACCAGACACUAGAGAGCAUGGAAACACUUAACAACAGCCUUCCUGUCGAAGAGCGGCUAGAACCAUUUGUCUGGACAACUGGCUGAGUAAUCAGACGACCAUCUCCCUGCCCUUCCUGGAUUGCAAUUUGUGCCAUUAAUGGUCAGAAACAUUGUAAUAAAAAUUGUUCGUGUGUUCACAGCUGUUGUUGGUAUGGAGGAAAUGGGUAACAUAAUAUAAGUCUUUAUCACCAUACAUAAUAUAAACUGUCUUCUUACGAACAUAUAUUUUGAAUAUUUGAAUUAAUGAUAUUACUGUUCUCAUUAUCUGACCCUCCAUGUGAUGAAGUUUUUCAUUGUUUUUAGUAUAUUCCUUCACAAUUUCAGAAAUGACAGUAAUGGUAUAUAAUAAUAGGAAGAAAUUACCAUAUACCUGCAAGUCAUUUAAUGAUGUAGUAUCCCCCACAGGAAUCAUUACACAAACACGUGUGCGCGCAUACACAGUCACAUGACCACAUCUCAGCUCAUAGUCUUUACUAGUCCAUCCCAAGUUUAUCGUUGUACCAAAUGGCACUCCUUUUUUAUUUUGUUAUUAUGCAUAUGUUCUGGCAAACCAGAGCCACUUAUGUUCCAGUCUGCAUAACAUUUAUGUUAAGUGUAAUGCUGCCUGUAUUUUAUUGUGCGCUUGGCAUGGUAGAAGAGUUAUAAUUUGUGCCUUAAACCAUGUCUUAUAUACCAUUUCACUUUUAAUGUUCUAUGAACUCAUAAAUUACAAGUAGUUAUUAAUUGUUUGAAAUCAGCUUAUAUUAAUGCUAAAAUUUUCCAUUUCUCCCUGCCAAAAUGUGAGGUGGUUUUGGAACUUAUUUUUUUGAGAUGUUCAGUAAUUUUGAGAAAGUUUGUGCAAUAUAUUCUAUGCUUAUAAUAAGGUAUAUCAAGACCACUGUAAAAUAUGAAAGUUAUGAACUGCUGAAGAGGUACAGUUUACAAUAAGAUGAUCAGAUACUUAUGCCCCUUUCAUGGCCACAAUAUUGUUAUUUACAGUGCUUGUGAACAAAUGUCUGUAGUAGUAUUAUUAAUGUCAAAAUAGUCUUUAGACAUAUUUAUACAUUUAUGCAGCAGUUCAUAAUUUGUUGACAGGUUAAGUUGCAUUAGACCAUUUAAUUCAGUUACUUUACAGUAUGUUUGUGUUAGGUCUGGCAAGCAUACAUUAACUCAGGGCCAUCCCUAUGGGAAUAGCUGACCUGGGCCCAGCACUUCGAGGGGCGCACAGUAUCAUCUGAAGGUCUCUAGAGUAAAACUGUUGAAAGUAUUGAUGCUGCACUUCAAGGCCUUCCAUAUCUAAAAUUACUAGACACCUCCUUCCCAACAUGAAAUAACUAACAGGAUUAUGCCAAGAGUCCCAGUUACAGUGGCUUCGGGAGAGUGAGGUUUAUCGAAACUGAAAAUAAUUAAGAAUUAUCUGAGGACAACUAUGGCUUAAGGGAGGCUGGGUGGAGUGGACCUUUUGUCCAUCGAUAAAUGAUAAGAAUGAAGUGUUGACUACAAUACAGUAUCAUAGCGGAGUUUGCAGCAAGUAAAUCGAGGAAGGUGGAUUUCAUGUAAGCAGCAUGAUUCUGGUGGGCGAGUUGUAUUUUGAAGUAUAUUCCCUUAACACAAACCUUCAGGAGUGGCUUGUAUUGACUUAUCUGUACUGGGGUCCUGCAUUGCUCUAGGCACAGCUAUGCAUAAAUAAUACAAGUGCAUUUUGUGAGAAGCUUAGCAUACAUUUUCAUUAUGUUAUAAAGUUCUUCCACUAAAACAUUUUACAGUUUUGUUAAACAGAAUUUUAUGCUGCCUUCUGUAGGAAACUUGCAUAUUAAUUUAUUUAAAUUAUAAACAAAAGUUGAAGAUCAUACAAUUGAAUUUGUACAAAUUUUUAUCACAUAAGGAUACAAUCAGAAAUAUGGUGAUUGGACAGUUUUUCAGUUUCACACACAAGUGCAUGCACACCUAAAGGCAUCGCUGUUUAAACUGCCAUGAAUGAAUAAUUAAUAAAAUAAUGUAAGCCUGCAAGAGCAAAGAGAAUGAAUGUCUGUAUUGACAUCAAGUUACAAUAUUGUACUAGUCAGCUUGUACCAAAAUCACAUUCCUCUUCCCCUCCACAAGGGGAAAAACAUCUUCAUUCAACCUCUUCUUGAGUCAGAUAUUAAAACAUACAUGAACCCCA